UAAAUACACUUCACUUGGAACUCACUUACCAUAAACAUACUGAACUUUUGAGUGACGAAUUUACAUUUAACGAUGAGGAAGCGGACGAUCCCUUCCGUCCUGUUGAUUCUAUGCUUUCUAUCUUUACUUUCUGAUCAAGGCCGCAAAAUACAGGCAAAUGCAGAAACUGAGUCAGAUGAGUUGGUGAAUCCACCAAAAGUUGAAGACAAGAUAGGAGCUGUUCCAAGUGGUUUAUCUACAGAUUCUGAUGUAGCUAGCAGGGAAGCUGAGUCGAUCUCAAAGAGAUCACUCCGCAUUAAUGCUGAGAAAUUUGAGUUCCAAGCUGAGGUAUCCCGGCUUAUGGACAUCCUAAUUAACUCCCUGUACAGUAACAAAGACAUUUUCUUGAGGGAAUUGAUAUCAAAUGCAUCUGAUGCCUUAGACAAAAUCAGGUUCCUCUCACUUACGGAUAAGGAGGUUUUGGGUGAAGGUGAUACUGCAAAGCUUGAAAUGCAGAUUAAAUUGGAUAAAGAAAAGAAGAUUUUGUCUAUCCGUGAUAGUGGAUUGGGUAUGACAAAAGAGGAUUUGAUCAAGAAUUUGGGAACCAUUGCCAAGUCUGGGACAUCAGCAUUUGUGGACAAAUUGAAGACAAGUGGAGACCUUAAUCUCAUUGGUCAAUUUGGUGUUGGGUUCUACUCUGUGUAUCUUGUUGCUGAUUACGUUGAAGUCAUCAGCAAACACAACGAUGAUAAACAAUACAUUUGGGAAUCAAAAGCCGAUGGUGCAUUUGCCAUUUCUGAGGAUAUAUGGAAUGAACCACUUGGACGUGGCACAGAAAUCAGAUUGCACCUUAAGGAGGAUGCUGGAGAAUACUUGGAGGAGAGCAAAAUAAAGGAAUUAGUGAAGAGGUAUUCUGAGUUCAUCAACUUCCCUAUAUACCUCUGGGCAAGCAAAGAGGUUGAUGUAGAGGUCCCUGCCGAUGAUGAUGAAUCUAGCGAUGAAGAAGAGACUUCCGAAAAGAAGAUUUCUGAGGAAGGAGAAGAGGAAGAAGAGAAAGGAGAAGAGGAGGAAGAGAAAAAGCCGAAGACCAAGAAAAUCAAGGAAACAACUUAUGAGUGGGAGCUCUUGAAUGAUGUUAAAGCCAUAUGGUUGCGUAGUCCAAAAGAGGUUGCUGAUGAAGAAUACAUCAAAUUCUACCACUCUCUAGCCAAGGACUUUAGUGAUGAAAAGCCAAUGGGAUGGAGUCACUUCAAUGCUGAAGGUGAUGUUGAGUUCAAAGCUCUCUUGUUUGUUCCACCAAAGGCUCCUCAGGAUUUGUAUGAGAGUUAUUACAACACGAAAAAAUCAAACUUAAAGUUAUAUGUUAGAAGGGUCUUCAUAUCGGAUGAGUUUGACGAGCUUUUGCCCAAGUAUCUCAACUUCUUGAAGGGUCUUGUUGAUUCUGACAGCUUGCCAUUGAAUGUGUCGAGGGAAGUGCUUCAACAGCAUGACAGCUUAAAAACAAUUAAGAAGAAGCUGAUCAGGAAGGCACUUGAUAUGAUUAGGAAGAUCGCAGAUGAGGAUCCAGAUGAAUCUUCUAACGAUAAAGCUGAUGAGUCUGAUGAUGCAAACGAGAAGAAAGGUCAAUACGCCAAGUUCUGGAGCGAGUUUGGCAAGUCAAUAAAACUAGGUAUUAUUGAGGAUGCUACUAACAGGAACCGGUUGGCGAAACUUCUGAGAGUUGAGAGCACAAAAUCUGAUGGAAAAUUUACAUCGCUGGAUAAGUACAUUUCAAGAAUGAAAGAUGGUCAGAAAGACAUCUUUUACAUCACUGGAACCAGCAAGGAGCAGUUGGAGAAAUCUCCAUUCCUUGAAAGACUUACCAAGAAAAAUUAUGAGGUAAUUUUCUUCACAGACCCAGUGGAUGAGUACUUGAUGCAAUACCUAAUGGACUACGAAGACAAAAAGUUCCAAGACGUGUCAAAAGAGGGUGUGAAUAUCGGAAAAGUUUCAAAAAACAAGGAACUGAAAGAAUCAUACAAGGAGUUAACCAAAUGGUGGAAAGGCGCUCUUGCGAGCGAUAACGUGGACGAUGUGAAAAUCAGCAACCGUCUUGCAGACACACCUUGUGUGGUUGUGACAUCGAAAUAUAGUUGGAGCGCAAACAUGGAGAGGAUAAUGCAGUCACAGACUCUUUCCGACGCAAACAAACAGUCGUACAUGCGAGGCAAGAGGGUGCUCGAAAUCAACCCGAGACACCCUAUUAUCAAGGAAUUGAAGGAGAGAGUAGCCAAAGAUCCAGAGGAUGAGAGUGUGAAGGAAACGGCUCAACUUGUGUACCAAACAGCUCUGAUGGAGAGUGGGUUCGUGUUGAGUGACUCAAAGGAGUUUGCUUCGCGAAUCUAUAACUCAGUGAAGUCUAGUCUGGAUAUUAGCCCGGAUGCAACAGUGGAUGAAGAAGAAGAAGAAGUAGCAGCUGCGGAGAUAAAAGAAGAAGUUUCUUCUUCUUCUCCUCCCAAAGAAGAAGAAGAAGAAGCAGCAGCAGAUGAUGAAGACAGUAAUGGUAAAGAUGAGUUGUAGUUGGAUUGAGUGUUUUUGUAUCACAAAUACUUUGUUUAGUAUAGUUUAUUUAUGGAUUUUGUAUCGAUAACUUGGCAUUAGAGAAGCAUUGUUGUAUUUUGAUUCAUCUCAGAGGAAUAAGGCUCUGCAAGAGGGUGAUCUCACUCAUCAUUACUAUAUGCUUAUGAAUUGGUGACUUUUGACCUUUUUUUCUUA